CAACACACAACCACUUUGAUUACUUCUACUACAUAUGUACAUAUAAAUUAAGAAAAAUAACACCGUAACAUGGAGGAGAACGAGGUGCAAACGGAGACCAGAGGCACCGCGGAUGCCAGCAACAGCGGCGAUGACGCGACCAGAUUGACCCUUCUCCAGGGAGAGAUUCGCAAAAUGCAGAAUGAGUUUAACACUCAGCGUGCGAAGAUGCGGGAGCUGUUCAUGCAGAAAGAGGCGGAGUGCAGCCAGGUCCAGACGGAGCGUCGACAACUUCAGGUGGAGCUGGACGAGCUGAAGACGCAUCUAAUGGUGGCCGACCUAAAGGCUCAGGAAGAGAUUUCCUCACUGCAGCAGCUGGUGCAGGACACUAUUGAGGAGUCGGCGCACUAUAAGGGCGAGCAGGAACGCCUAAGAUUAGAGCUAAGCAGAUACCAGCAGGCACAAUCAUUGGUCCAGCACCAGCCGUCUGAGUCAUCCGGCGGCAUAGCUCCACAAAUGCUGAAUCAGGUUAAGAAAACGCUGGGAUCCGUACGAAAACUAGGAAGUGAUUCUCUGAAUAGUAGUUUUCAGCAAGAAGAGGACAACAGAGCAUCAAGCAAGGGGAACGGAAAGCAAUAUGCUCCAGAAGACGCAGAGAUGCUACAUUCCAUAGUAGAACAGCUGCAGGAAGAGAUGAAGGCUCUAAAAGUCAAACUACGCGAGCAGGAUGAGCAGCUUCAGGCCAAGUCAGCGAAGGUGGAAGAGCCACAGACUGAUUCUGGAGCCGCGCAUAAAUCCACAUCAAUGGAUGCGACCGAGUCGACCUGCGAAAGCUGUCCCUUGGCAGAGAAGAAGGCUGAAGAGUUGAAUGCAGCCAUUAAAAAACAGCAGAAGCAAGUGGAUCUCCUGCAGAAGCAGUUGGUCGAAUCUCGUGAGACCCUGGCCAAGGAGGCGGCACUGCGGAAAGAUCUGGAAGACCAGUGGCAAGAAAAGCGCGAGGCCCACAAAAGUGAAGUACAAAGUCUGCGCGAGCAGGCCAAAACCAAUGAACAGCGACUGCUGGACAUGCAACAAAAGUUUCUGGAGACCAAGGACGAGGUAAUGAAACAGAUACAAAGAGUCACUGAUGACAGGGAACGCGUCAACAAGCAACUGGAAACGUUGCAGGCGGACAACGACUUUCUGUCUGGCCAUUACCUAGCCACAUCUCUGGAAAUCGAGAACCAGUACAUCAACCUACCAAACACAGUUGAUGAGCUGCAGGAGUUAAUGCUGCGCCAACAAAGCGAGCUUAUCCAAGCCCGAGUCAGCAGUGAGUACGAACGACAGAAGCGCGUGAGUACGCUGGAUGAGAUUCAAAUACUGCGGGCCCAGCUCGAGGAGAGCAACAACGAACGCCGAGUCUAUAAACGGAAAAUGCAACUGGAUAUCAAGUCGCUUCAGGACAGAGUGACGGAGCACUUGGUUACGGUGCAGGCUCACGAGACGACCAAGACUCAAUUGGAGCGCAAAGAAGCUGAGCUCAAUAAGCAGUUGUCCGAGUGUCGAGUAGAAAUUAUUGAGCUGCAAGAGGCCAAUGAAAAGUACGCAAAAACCAACUUAGAAUACAAGACGAAGAUUAAAACCCUGCAGGAGGAAUUGUCCACCAUGGAGACCGUGCAAAAGGACUUUGUUAAACUAUCUCAAACUCUUCAAAUGUCAUUGGAGGAGCUGCGGCACGCCGACACAGAGGUGCGCUGGCAGGAUGAUGAUGACGUGAACAACUGCCCGACGUGCAAUGCAUAUUUCACGGUCAUGGUGCGCAAGAUUCAUUGCCGGCACUGCGGCCACAUUUACUGCGAUAAGUGUCUUACGAAAACGGUGCCAUCGGGGCCACGGAAACGAGUGGCUCGUGUCUGUGAUAUCUGUCACACGCUGCUCACGCCCAACACCGCUCCCUACUUCAGUCAAGGGCAGCCUCCGCAACAACAGCAGGGUCAGCAGGAGUCCAGCUAAGCGGCCGGCUCCAGGGCAUAGGUAUUUUCUAUUUUCGAUUUUGUUCAAUGCUCCGCCAUUACUUUUGAGGUCAAACCUUAUUAUUUGUCACACAAGAUCGAGUCAUAUCCACGCUCCAUU